AUGGAGGUUUACAUCGAUGACAUGGUGGUGAAAAGUAAGCAUCGGAAGGACCAUAUAGAGCACCUAAGGGAAGCAUUUGAGAUAUUGCGGCGUUACGGCAUGAGGCUCAACCCAGCCAAAUGCGUGUUCGGGGUAUCCUCAGGACAGUUUUUGGGACAUCUCGUCAGCAAAAGAGGAAUCGAACCAAAUCCGGAGAAGGUGGAAGCCAUCAUACAAAUGCGCGAUCCGGAAACCAAGGAGGAUAUACAAGUGUUAACUGGUCGCAUCGCCGCUUUGAGUCGCUUCAUUUCUCGGCUCACUGAUCGAUGUAAACCCUUCUUUAGGGCAUUGAAGAAUAAGCGAGCUGAUUUUUGGGGCCCGGAGCAGUCUGAAGCUUUGGCUAGUUUGAAAAAAUACCUCUCCGGAAGACAGUUUCUAUCCGUGCCCCGCGACGGCGAGCCCCUUUGCAUAUAUUUGGCGAUAUCAGAUGUGGCGACGAGCGCCGCCUUGUUCAGAGAAGAGGGACAUCGGCAAGAACCUAUAGCAUAUACGAGCCGCAGUCUCCUGGACACCGAGACUAGAUAUUCCCCGUCUGAAAAAGUGAUCCUAGCCCUAAUUACUGCGAAAAGAAAAUUACGACAAUAUUUCGAGGGGCAUAGCAUCACAGUAUACACCAAUCUGCCAAUUCGUUCCAUCCUGUCGAAACCAGAUACGUUCGGGAGGAUGGCUAAAUGGGCUAUCGAAUUGAGUGAAUUUGACAUCACAUAUAAGCCGAGGUCGGCACUCAAGGGCCAAGCGUUAGCAGAUUUCUUGGUCGAAUGUCAUUUCCCAGCACCAAUCCCGAAGGGUUCAUGGAUAGACCCAUCCUGGGAGAUGCACGUUGAUGGCGCGUCCAAUUUCUCCAGAGCAGGGGCAGGUAUUGUACUUCAAAGUUCUGAGGAUAUCCAGAUCGAGUGCGCGGUACAUUUGGAUUUUCCAGCAUCCAACAACGUAGCUGAAUAUGAAGCUCUGGUGACGGGCUUGACCCUAGCGAAGAAACUGCGAAUCCAACGCUUGCAAGUAUAUUCCGACUCACAACUAGUCGUUGGAUUGACUAAUGACGACUACGCCGCCAAGGACGAACGCAUGUCUAGGUAUCAGGAUUUGGUUCGAGGGUUGAUGCGCGGGUUCGAGCAACUUUCAUUGGUCAAGGUACCUCGUGAGAAGAAUUCCCGUGCGGAUGAGUUGGCUAAAGCCGCUUCAGGUUGCACGGAGAUCACCAACAUCGCUAAAAUUGAGGUGCUCGAAGGACCAAGUAUUGAAGGUGUCAGGCCUCGCCAUCCGGUCAUGACGAUCGAGUCAAUUCCAAACGACUGGAGAGGUCGAAUUGUCAAUUACCUUGAAUUUGGCAUCCAGCCAGAUGAUCCAACGGAGGCCAAAAAGCUCAGGAUGAAGGCUGCGCGGUACCUUGUUGUCGAGGAGGAGCUUUUCAGACGUUCAUUUUCCGGUCCCCAUCUUAGAUGCUUGGGACCUUCUCAGGCACUGCUCGUUCUCGAAGAAGUUCACGAGGGGUCAUGCGGGGCACACAUCGGAGGUAGGACCCUUGCGCAUAAGAUACUCUCUCAAGGAUAUUAUUGGCCGUAUCUCUCUCGCGGGAGGCUGAACAGUAUGCCAAGAAAUGCAAUCAAUGCCAAAAGCAUGCACCAAUCAGUCGUUCACCCGCUGAAGAGCUCCAUGCACUAG